GUUUAUUAGGUUAAGAAACAUAACCAAUCUUUAUUUUGUAAAUAACCUCAAAUCUUCUUCUUCAAUUGAAAGCCAAAACGUUACUUCCCUUUUUGUUGAUCUGUAGUUUCCAUAUUAAUUUUAAAAACAUAAAAACUUACUAAAAUUUACAUUUUGAAAAUGGCCAUUUAGUGAUUUCCGCAACAUUUGACUGAUUUUACACUUUGCAGCAUGUUAUGAUAAAAACGACGUCAUGGUUGUUAUGAAUAUCUUGGGGGUCCUGAUAUCAUGGAUAAUACCGGUAAUUUUGUGAUAAGGCUCGAAAAUGAUGGCAUGGAUUGUGAAACAGCAGAUGAAGCCAAUAAUCUGCUUAGAAAUGGGAUUCUAGUGGAAACAAACAAAGGGUUAGUCUGUAUGAGCUUAAAUGAUGCAUUAUCAUCGGAUUUGAAUUUGUCAGUGGAGGACUUAAGGAAUCUUGCAGCUCAAUUGAUAUCUCAGCAGGGCAUCCCGAAUAAGGAUCGAAUUUUACCUCAAACCUCGUUCAACUUUGAUAGUGAUGGUUUUUCCAGUGAAUGCAGUGACAUAAGUACAACCACAUCCUCAUCUUGCAGUAUUCAGCCUAAAUUUAUUGCACUGUCUAAUUUAAAUGAUUUGCAAUCAGAAGUAUUAUUUAAUUAUGAAAGCCAAAUUGAUAAUAUUGUAACAAAGCCUAAGACAAUUGUGAGUUCCUUGAAAUUAGAUAUUAAACUUGAUGAGUCCAAGAAAAAUAUAAAUAAUACUAUUGAAACCACCACUCUGUGUAAUAAACCCAGCACUUCAGUGCAUAUAAUAAAGCCAGUAGUAUCUAAUGAAAAAAUCACUGUGGAAAAACCUAAAAAAGGUAGAGGUGGCUGGCCAAAAGGUAGGAAAAGAAAACCGGAAUUGCUUAAUCUUCCACCAAAAGCUCCAAGUACAGGAUACACACUUUAUUUAAAUGAGCAAAGGAAACAAUUUAAGGACAGCUCUCUACCAUUCCAUGAGGUAACCAAAAUAGUUGGAAACAGGUGGUCCAGUUUAACUCUUGCUGAAAAGAAACCAUAUUUGGAUAAGGCUGAAGAGGAUAAAAAACGAUACAGAGAAGAAUUGAAACAGUAUAGGCAGUCUGAUGCUUAUCGAGCUUAUUUGGCCAAGAAAAGGAAGAAAAGAAUUCAAAACAAUGUACUUUCAGAAAGUGAUAUGGAUGCCACAGAUGACAUUGAUGAUGAUGAUAAUGAAGAGCUGUAUUGCAGAACUUGUGACCAGUGGUUUCAUAAUUUACACAACAAAAGGGAACAUUUGCAAAGCAAGCAACACUGUCAGUCUGUUGCAGGUGAUAUCAAAAAAGAACUUGCAUCCCACUCCCAGGAAGCAAUUUCAAGUCAAUCAUCAAAAUGUAUUGUUGCAAAGGAUGUUCAUCCAGUUGCAGCUCCAGCCACAAUUCAAGAUGCAAUGACCAACCUCAUCAAUCUGGUUGCGCAAAGAGAUAUUGAGAUUAAUGACCUGAAGAAAGCUAAUAACGAUGCUGUGUUAAAACAGCAGGCGUAUUGUCGGCAGGUUUUCGUGCUGACUGAAAAGUUUAAUAAACUAAAGCGAGACUUGGCCGCAUUACAGGAGAAGGAGCGCGAUAUGGAAAACAAGGUGUUUCGUCUAUGGCAGGUACCCAGUCUGUUCAUAGUGACCGAUUUCAAUUCGGAUCCCGCAUCUGAGUAUGAUGGAACUGAAUAGUAUGAUUUGGCUGUAUUUAAUUUAUUUUUUGUUUUUUAUCGAGCGUGUGGCAGAAUGGUGCUGUAAAUGUAUCUCUUCAAAUAAAAUAAACGAAGAUCGAAUUUUGACUACUACUAACUAGUCCAAUUUGUUUAUCAAUAUCAAGAAAAAGAAGUGUGCUUCCUUGUGUCAAUUAUUUAGAUUAAGUUUAUAUAAUUGACUUAAAAUAAAAAUAAACUUUUACCUGAAUUUUUAAAUUUAAUAUUACAUUAAUUUCGUAUUUCAUUCAAUUAAUUUAUUGGACAUUUAUUACAUGGGUUUUAAAUUUAACACAAUUUGUACGUUUUAUUGUUACAAAUUUUUAGAACGUAACUAAAACCGUUUUAAAUUAAAUUAUUUAUUAAUUUAAUAUUGAUAUUACUCAGCCUAAUUCUGCAACACACUCAUAAAAGUGAAUUCAGUUUGUGUUACUAAAAGUAAUAUUGUCGUUUCCAAUAUGAAAAUUACCAUUUUAGACAGAGGACUGGUAUAAUAUUUAAGAUUCGAUAGUAGCUCUAUCAGGCAAUUUUCACCUGAAAUGACAAAAUCAGUGUUAUUUGAUUUUUAUACUUUGUCUAGAUCAGGUUUAUAAUUUUGUUUUUAUAGAAAAUGUAAUAAAUUUAUAUUUAUGUAUAUUACAGAAUGGAAACUACAGAUGGUAAUUAAAUGAAGUCAGUUUACACUACAUUCAUAUGUAACAUUCCAAACUUAAAAUAGUAAUGUUUAAUGCAGAAUGCCAGUAUUUAUUUGUUUUUAAGAAUGUUUAUUAUUUAAUUAUUUCUUGUAUCUGUAGAGUUUAUUCUGUUGUUGUUAAAUUAUUAAAUUUAUAGAAAUUAUUUGUAACUAUUUGUUUCUUUUGAUAAAUUAUAUAUGAGCCUUGGUAUUUUUAGAAAUAAAAAUCCUACUAAUUUAUAAA